GCUGCAGCAGAUAUCUCUAAUGUCAAGUGUCAACUUCUGAUGUCUACGUGUUGUGUAUGUGUGAAAGCGAUUUUGGGAUUAAUAAUUUAAUGGACCAGAAGAGGAAAUAAACUUUCCACAUUUUGCAACAGAUUGGACACCAGAAUACGUUUUGGAUACGCCACCGCGAUGAAGAAAUCCAAUUUGCAUAUCCUUCUAUGUUUUGGCCUUUUCGUAUGCAGGGCUUUCGCCGACGAGCACGACCACAAAUAUGAGGAUAAAGAUGAAGUGGUGUUGUGGAUGAACACAGUCGGACCAUAUCACAACAGACAGGAGACUUAUGCUUAUUUCUCAUUACCUUUCUGUGUGGGCAGCAAGACAACCAUCAACCAUUAUCAUGAGACAAUGAGCGAUGCUCUUCAAGGUGUUGAACUGGAAUUCAGUGGCCUGGAUAUUGAAUAUAAAUCUGACAUUCAAAAAACUGUAUACUGUGGAGUGCAAUUGAAUGAAGAAAAGUACAAGGCUUUUGUGUAUGCAGUGAAAAACCACUAUUGGUAUCAGAUGUACAUUGAUGAUUUACCCAUUUGGGGCAUUGUUGGUGAAGUCACUGAUUCUAAUUACUAUAUUUGGACACACAAGAAGUUUGAGAUGGGCUACAAUGAGGAUCAGAUUGUUGAUGUUAAUAUUACCUCUGAAGAUAAAGUCCUUUUGACGCCAUCAACCAAGUUGACCUUCACAUAUGAAGUAACAUGGAGGAGAUCGAGUAUCAAGUUCAAGGAUCGUUUCGACAAGUAUUUGGACCCGUCCUUCUUCCAGCAUAGAAUCCAUUGGUUCAGUAUUUUCAACAGCUUCAUGAUGGUCAUAUUCUUGGUGGGUCUAGUUUCGAUGAUCCUGAUGCGAACUCUGAGGAAAGAUUACGCGCGGUACUCAAAGGAUGAUGAUAUCGAUGAUAUGGAAAGGGAUUUGGGCGAUGAGUACGGUUGGAAGCAGGUGCAUGGAGACGUCUUCAGGCCUACAUCUCACUCGCUGCUGUUCUGUUCAUUGAUAGGAGCUGGUCAUCAAUUGACCACCGUUGUUUUCAGUGUCAUCACUUUCGCCAUCCUCGGGGAACUGUAUACUGAGCGAGGGUCGCUACUUUCCACUGCGAUAUUUGUAUAUGCCGUGACGUCACCACUAAAUGGUUUCUUCGGGGGUUCCCUCUACGCCAGGAUGGGUGGUAAAUUGUGGAUCAGGCAGAUGUUGGUCUCCGCAUUCCUUCUGCCGGCCCUUGUAUGCGGUACAGCUUUCUUGAUCAACUUCAUCGCUAUAUACUACCAUGCCUCCAGGGCGAUCCCGUUCGGUACUAUGGUGGCUGUAACCUGCAUCUGCCUGUUCGUAAUAUUACCAUUGACCCUUGUUGGUACGGUACUGGGUAGGAAUCUGUCCGGUCAGCCGGAUCAUCCCUGCAGGGUGAACGCUGUGCCGAGGCCGAUCCCCGAGAAGAAGUGGUUCAUGGAACCGGGCGUGAUUAUCCUCCUGGGCGGCGUCCUACCCUUCGCAUCAAUCUUCAUCGAGAUGUACUUCAUCUUUACCUCUUUCUGGGCAUACAAGAUCUACUAUGUCUAUGGCUUCAUGCUUCUCGUCUUUUUGAUCCUUCUCAUCGUGGUCGUGUGCGUGACGAUCGUUUGUGCGUAUUUCUUACUGAACGCGGAGGACUACCGCUGGCAGUGGACCUCAUUCUUGUGCGCCGCCUCCACCGCUCUAUACGUCUACUUCUAUGCGGUUUACUACUUCUUCUUCAAGACGAAAAUGUACGGUCUCUUCCAGACUGCCUUCUACUUCGGUUACAUGGCUCUGUUCAGCGGUGGCCUGGCCGUAAUAUGCGGCACCGUCGGCUACAUCGGUACAUCCUUGUUCGUAAAGAAGAUCUACUCAACUGUUAAGAUUGAUUAGGCAGUUGCAUCUCGUGGGUGCAUGUGUGUGUGUAUAUACUGUGGUGGAACAAGUAAUCAAAGUUCAAUCCACUCUAAAACGAGCUAAAGCAGAAAAAAAUGAGAUCACUUGAAAUAUGAAUGAAAUCGAUGUAAAUAAUUAUAAUGAUAUUGAUUCAUGGUUUUAACUAUAAUUUUUUGUAUUUAUAAAUUUAAGAAUUAGAGGAAUGUAUGAACAGAGGGAUAAAGAUGAUUUGAAUCAGACCAUUAUUUCCCAUCAUAUUAUUUUUGUUUGUUGUUUUAUAAUUGAAACUUAAAUAUCUUAAUUCAAUUGUAUAAUUUUUUAGUGAACUAGUUCAAUGAAACCUUCAGGCCAGCCAUCAUAUUUAUAUAUAUUACAAAAUAAUACUUUGUGAAUGUG